AUGGAGACCCCUUCAUCUGGUACCGUGACACCAGUUGAUGAGGAACAUGGGGUCGAUGGAAUUAGGAAGAGGCUCACUAUCACUUUUCGCGACUUGAACGUCCGGGUUACAGCACCCGAUGCUGCACUUGGGAGCACUUUAUGGUCGCGAGUUGACCCUCGUCAGUUCUCGGGCUUGUUCAAUCGAAAUGAGCGCCCCAAAAGAACUAUCUUGAAGGAUGUUUCUGGGCAGGUCAAGCCUGGAGAAAUGCUCCUAGUUCUUGGACGUCCAGGGUCUGGAUGCACUUCUCUCCUUAGAGUUCUUUCGAAUGAUCGAGAUACUUUUGACGAAAUCAGCGGCGAAACUCGAUAUGGAAGCAUGGAUCAUAAAGCCGCAGGGCAGUUCCGUCAGCAGAUCAUGUUCAACAACGAAGACGAUGUGCAUUUCCCUACGCUUACCGUGAAUCGGACAAUGAAAUUCGCCUUGCGUAACAAAGUUCCCAAUGAGCGGCCCAGUGAGCUCGCUCAUCGCAAAGACUUUGUGCUGGAAAAGCGAGAUCAAAUCCUUGACUCACUCGGUAUCGGGCACACAAAGAAAACCCUCGUUGGUAACGAGUUUAUUCGUGGAGUCUCUGGGGGUGAGCGCAAGCGUGUUUCGCUGGCUGAACUGAUGGCGGGUCAUAGUCCGGUCCAAUUGUGGGACAAUCCGACCCGAGGUCUCGAUUCCAAGGCUGCAGCGAGUUUUGCUCGAAUGCUGCGCCGUGAAGCCGACGAGAAUGACAAGACAAUGAUCACAACGACUUACCAGGCAGGAAACGAUAUCUACAAUCAGUUCGAUAAGGUCCUCGUUCUCGCCGAUGGUAGAGUUACGUACUACGGCCCACGGGAACUAGCCAAAGGCUACUUUGAGGAUUUGGGUUUUGAAUUUCCCAAAGGAGCCAAUGUUGCUGAUUACUUGACGUCAGUCACUGUUUUGACUGAGCGCAUUGUUCGUCCCGGCUGGGAGGAUAAGGUACCAAACACACCAGAGGAGUUUGAGUCACGAUACCAUAACAGCCCAAUCUACCAGACCCAGUUGGGUGCUAUUGAGUCUCCCGACAAGCUCCUUUACGAGACUGAGGAUCUCAAAGCCGCUGUAUCAAGCGAGAAGCGGAAACAACAUAUUCGUCGCGAGCAGAGCGUCUAUACGACAAGUCUAUGGGAUCAAGUCGCUUCAUGUACGGUUCGCCAGUUUCAGAUCAUGUGGGGAGACAAAUUCUCUUUGAUCGUCAGGGUUUCUUCAGCCAUCAUCCAGGCUCUUGUGUGCGGAUCUCUCUUUUACAACCUCUCUGAAGAUAGCUCUUCAAUUUUCCUGCGCCCGGGAGCCCUCUUCUUCCCGGUCCUGUACUUCUUGCUGGAGUCCAUGUCUGAAACCACUGGAUCUUUCAUGGGUCGUCCCAUUCUCUCCCGUCAAAAAAGAUUCGGAUUUUAUCGACCCACCGCAUUCUGUAUCGCCAACGCGAUUACAGAUGUCCCUGUGGUCAUGAUUCAGGUCUCGUGCUUUUCUUUGAUCUUAUACUUCAUGGCUGCGCUGCAGAUGGAUGCCGGGCGGUUUUUUACCUACUGGAUUAUUAUCAUCGCACAAACGCUGUGUUUUAUUCAACUUUUCCGUUCGAUUGGUGCGCUUUGCAAAAGGUUUGGAAAUGCAUCUAUGAUCAGUGGACUCCUUUCCACGGUCUUCUUUGUCUACGGAGGUUAUUUGGUUCCAUUUAAGAAGAUGCAUGUCUGGUUCCGCUGGAUCUUUUACCUUAACCCAGGAGCUUACGCAUUUGAAGCACUCAUGGCAAAUGAGUUUGUUGGGCGUGAGUUCAAGUGCAUCGAGCCCGAUUACAUCCCUUAUGGCGAAGGAUACUCCAACUCCGCAUCAAAAUACCGGGGCUGUUCUGUCGCUGGAAGUACCGAUGGGGUGAUCAACGGAGCCGCUUAUAUUCGUGAGCAAUACAGCUACUCUGCCGGCCACAUCUGGCGUAGCUUCGGAAUCAUCGUCGGAUUCUGGGUAUUCUUCAUCGCUUUGACAUCAAUUGGUUUUGAGCUCUUCAACAGCCAGAGUGGUUCCUCGGUGCUGCUAUACAAACGUGGAAGCGAAAAGACACGGCAAGGGGAUGCUGAAAAGGCACCCUCUAGCAAGCCGCCAACUGAUGCGAGUGCUUUUUCUGGCUCACUCAAACAGUCAACUUUUACAUGGAAGAACCUCGACUAUCAUGUGCCAUUUCACGGUGAAAAGAAGCAACUUUUGAAUCAGGUUUUUGGUUUUGUCAAGCCUGGAAACUUGGUUGCUUUGAUGGGCGCCUCGGGCGCUGGAAAGACUACACUGCUUGACGUUUUAGCCCAAAGAAAGGAUUCCGGAGAAAUUCAUGGAUCUAUUCUCAUUGAUGGCAGGCCUCAAGGUCUCAGCUUCCAACGGACGACUGGUUACUGCGAGCAACUGGAUGUGCAUGAGAGUACUGCGACGGUAAAGGAAGCGCUGGUCUUCUCAGCCCUUCUCCGUCAACCGGCAACUGUCUUGCACGAUGAAAAAAUUGCAUAUGUGGAACAUAUAAUCAACCUUCUGGAGCUUGAUGACAUUAGCGAUGCUCUCAUUGGAGUACCUGGGGCUGGCCUGAGCAUCGAACAACGGAAACGUGUAACGUUGGGUGUUGAGCUCGUCGCAAAGCCCACGUUGCUGUUUCUGGACGAACCUACCUCGGGUCUUGAUGGUCAAAGCGCAUACAACAUUGUGCGCUUUCUUAGGAGGCUUGUGGAAGGAGGGCAAGCUGUUCUAUGCACAAUUCAUCAACCGUCUGCGGUCCUGUUCGACGCGUUCGAUGGUCUCUUACUACUUGCAAAGGGUGGCAGGAUGACAUAUUUCGGCGAAACUGGCAAGGACUCGAGCAAAAUUUUGGACUACUUCUCCCGUAACGGUGCACCCUGUCCACCAGAUGCCAACCCUGCUGAACAUAUUAUCGAUGUGGUUCAAGGUAGUGGAACUACUAAGCAGAUCGACUGGGUUGAUGUCUGGAGUCAGUCCCCGGAGCGGGAACGGGCUCUGGAAGAACUGGAUGCUCUCAACGCAGCCGGGCUAGCUGCGCCUGACUAUGUUGAAGAUACUGCGGACUAUGCUACUUCUCACUGGUAUCAGUUUAAAUUGGUGUCUAAACGUCUCACUAUUCAGAUUUGGCGCUCUCCGGAUUAUAUGUGGAACAAGAUGAUCCUUCACAUCUUCGCCGCACUCUUCAGCGGUUUCACCUUUUGGAAAAUCGGAGACGGCACUUUUGCUCUCCAGCUGCGGCUUUUUGCCAUCUUCAACUUCAUUUUCGUCGCACCCGGAUGCAUCAAUCAAAUGCAACCUUUCUUCUUGCAUAAUCGUGAUAUUUUUGAGACCCGCGAAAAGAAGUCCAAGACAUACCACUGGAUCGCCUUCAUUGGUGCUCAAGCAGUUACAGAGGUCCCAUAUCUCAUUAUCUGCGCAACUCUUUACUUCGUUUGCUUCUACUUCACGGCCGGAUUGCCGGUUGACUCCAGCAUUUCGGGUCAUUUCUACCUCCAGAUGAUCUUCUACGAGUUUCUAUAUACCUCAAUCGGCCAGGCCAUCGCAGCAUACGCUCCCAAUGAGUACUUUGCUGCGGUUAUGAACCCAGUAUUGAUUGGAGCAGGUUUGGUCAGCUUUUGUGGAGUUGUGGUUCCAUAUUCUUCGAUGCAGGCCUUCUGGCGCUACUGGCUGUACUACCUUGACCCCUUCACUUACCUCGUUGGUGGACUCUUGGGUGAGAUUCUCUGGGAUGUUAAGGUUAAAUGUGAACCCUCGGAAUACACCACAUUCAGCGCCCCAUCAGGUCAAACUUGUGGCGAAUACAUGGCCGACUUCCUCAGGUCGCAAGCCGGUUAUUUGCUGGAUUCGAACGCGACUGAGACUUGCUCCUUCUGCCAGUACUCCACUGGUGCAGACUACGCCAAGACUUUCAAUCUCAAGGAGAAGUACUACUCGUGGAGAGAUACUGGUAUAACAGCUUUGUUCUGCAUCACGUCUUACAUCAUGGUGUUCACAAUGAUGAAACUUAGAAGCAAGAAAACCAAGAGUGCUCGCUCCGAAUAG